AUGGCAGCCGUAUCUGCACCUCCUAUUCCCCCUAAUGCGACAGUCUAUGUGCGCCGGUCCCUCCCCCUCUAUCAUAUCAGCACCGCGCUUUCGCAAUACCGCUCACGUACUGACAGUUUCCUUCUGCAUCAGGUCAAGAAUUUAGACGAACGGAUUAAAGUUGAUCAGUUAAAAUCCGCCCUGGAGGAGAUUUUCUCAGAGUAUGGAAACAUUAUCGAGGUCGUCGCGAAGACGAACCUGAAGGCCAAGGGCCAGGCCUUUAUUGUCUUCGACAAUGUCGAGUCCGCUACCCGCGCAAUCGACGAGAUCAACGGCUUCGAUCUCUUCGACAAGCCCAUGGUGCUGGCCUAUGCGAAGACACCAAGCGACGCGACAGUCCAACGGGAAGGUGGUAGUGAGGAGCUCGAGGCUCACAAGCGCCGACGUCUAGCGGAGAAGGAACGGAAACAAGCCCAGGAGGCCCUCGAAGCGCAGAAAAAACUCAAGCGUCCCGCUGUCGCUGCAGAACCCGCACGUCCAGCCAAAACCACCAAAGGUGCCGGUCUCAAGCCUACCACGGGCACUCCCGCCGCCGUCAUUCCGGACGAGUACCUACCGCCCAACAAGAUCCUGUUCUUGCGGGAACUGCCCGACGAUGCUACCGAGGAGAGUCUCACUGCUGUGUUCAACCGGUUCGAAGGAUUCCAGGAAGUCAGAAUAGUGCCUGGGCGCAAGGGGAUCGCAUUCGUCGAGUACCAGAGCGAGGCUGGGGCAAUCAGUGCCAAGGAGGCUACGUCGGGUAUGUCCAUGGGCGCCCAAGGCAAGGCCAUCCGUGUUACCUACCAGCGACAGUAG